AUGUCUUUUCUGCCCUGCCUGAAAAAAAAGAAAUUACCUGUGCCUUUAGGCAGGAGCAUCUUUCAAAAACACACCCCACCCAUCCAGCAGAACUACCAGGCCUUGCUGGAGAUGUGCUUGAAGAACAAAUGCCUGUUCACAGAUGACAGCUUCCCUGCUCACAUCAGCUCUAUUGGAACAGGAGCGCUGCUAAAGAAACUACCCCGAAAUUUACAAUGGAAGAGGCCACAUGCUUUGCACAGAAGUCCUGUAUUUUAUGCUGCAAACAGAAAACAACUUGAUCUCUGCCAAGGAUUGGUGGAGAACUGCUGGUUCCUGGCGGCCCUGGAAGCCCUGACAUUCCACCAGGACAUCUUGGCUGCAGUCGUGCCACAAAACCAGAGCUUUGACAGGAAAUACGCUGGCAUUUUCCACUUCCGGUUCUGGCACUUCGGUGAAUGGGUUGAUGUGGUGGUUGAUGAUCGUCUGCCGGUGAAUGAGGCAGGAGAGCUGGUCUUUGUUUCCUCAGUCUAUAAGAACGUGUUCUGGGGAGCCCUUCUGGAGAAGGCGUAUGCUAAACUCUAUGGCUCCUAUGAAGAUCUGCAGAUCGGGCAAGUUUCAGAAGCUUUGGUGGAUUUUACAGGUGGUGUUAAUAUAAGGAUCAAGCUUGCAGCAGCUCCUCCUGAUCUGUGGGAUAUCCUGACAAGAGCAACCUACAGCAGAUCUCUCAUGGGCUGUCAGACACAUUUAGGGUCAACAAAGGUCCUGAAGAAUGGGCUUGUUGCUGGCCAUGCCUAUACAGUAACUGGUAUUAGAAAGGUGACCUGUCAAUAUGGACCAGAAAACCUAGUGAGACUGAGAAAUCCCUGGGGAAAAAUUGAAUGGAAAGGAGACUGGAGUGACAGCUCUUGCAAAUGGGAGCUGCUGAGCCCAAAGGAGAAGAUUUUGCUGAGGAAAAAGAAGGAGGAUGGAGAAUUCUGGAUGUCUCUGCAAGAUUUUAAGAUUCAUUUUCUAGAUCUGAUGAUCUGUAAAUUAACUCCAGACCUGAUGAGCCAGGAAGAUGGGAAAAAGUGGAUGUACUCCCUGAAGAGUGGGAGAUGGGUUAAAGGAAGCACAGCAGGAGGAAGUCUGGGAUUCUGUAAUGGUACCUUCUGGAUGAACCCUCAGUACUGGCUGAAUGUUUUACCCAUUGAAGAUAGUAAGAAAAACCUGGUGUCCUGCAAUGUGGUUAUAUCCCUGAUGCAGAAACACAGCAGCAAACACCGGAAUCGAGCUCCUCACCACUUCAUUGGAUUUUUACUCUACAAGAUAGACCUACAGUACCAAGAAAGCAACAGAAAGCUGCCUCCAGCUUUCUUUACCCGACAUCAGCCUGUGAACAAGCAUCAGGUCUUCCUUGAUGAGCGGGAGGUGACUCAUGACUUCCACCUGGAGCCUGGUGUCUAUGUGAUUGUCCCAUCCACUCUGAAGCCUCAGCAAGAGUCUGAGUUCAUCCUGCGGGUCUUCUCCAGGAAGCAUGUUCUUCGGGAAAUGGGUGGGAACACCAGUUUCACCCUCUCUAAGGAAAUUGUUGAUAGGUAUGAAGGCAAGAUUUGGGAGGAUUUCUUCACAAAGCAUUUUGCACAGAAUCCUGAAAUAAAUGCUGUUCAGCUCCAGAGGAUCCUGAAUAAUAUAUCUUGGAGAAAUUUCCAGAGUUUUCACCUGAGUUUCAGUCUGGAUGCUUGCCAGGGUAUCUUGGCGCUCUUGGAUCUGAAUGCCUCAGGCACACUGAGUAUUCAGGAAUUCAGAGUCCUGUGGAAAAGGCUGCUUUUCUAUUUGGUAUAA